AUGCCACAGGACGCACAACCUUACAGCUCGGCCAUGUUGUUUUUGGAUGCGCUAUGGGAAUGUUUUGGCGGUAGUAUCGUUGGGCAAGGUAUCUAUUAUUUAUCAAGUCGUCAGGCGCUUAAACCCUACUAUGAGCGGCCAGAAUACGUGGUACCCGAGAAAUACUCACUUCCAACGGCCACAUACGAAGGCUUGACGGAUAGUCGAGAGUCUCGAGCAAGCAGUAAAGUAUCUGAAGCUGGAUUAGCUGGUGAUCCGCCUGGCUCAGACGAGGAGACGACGCCCGGUCUCCGCCCAGGUGAAAUUUUGGUCACCUGGGAUGGUCCGGAUGAUCCCUCGAACCCCAAGAACUGGUCUUUGAUGAAAAAGACAAUUCAGGUAUUUUGCGUUUUUGGCCUCACACUCUCCGCAUACAUGGGCACUGCUAUUUUCACACCGUCUGCUGAACAGAUGAUAAAAAAGUUCAAUUGCACCGAGACUCAAUUUGGAUUAGGGAUUACGCUCUUUGUAUGGGGCUAUGGCAUAGGGCCCAUCUUGUUUGCGCCCAUGAGUGAAAGCCCACACUGCGGUGGGCGUCUCUACACAUAUCUUUUCCCUCAAUUGGUAUUUUGCGCUCUGCAACUUGCAACAGCCCUGAUCAACCAUAUUUCUUCGUUUGCAGUUUUGCGGUUCCUGGCUGGUAUUUUUGCCGCCGCUCCAUUGACUAACGGUGCUGGUAGUAUUGCUGAUAUGUUUCUUUUCCCUCGGCUGCCAUUUGUCCUUUCCAUUUGGAGUCUUUCGUUUGUCACUGGACCGUAUAUUGGACCGCUUAUUGGCGCUGCUUUGACUCAUUCUAACACCUGGAGAUGGUCAUUCUACUUUUUGCUCAUGGUUUCUGGUGGUGUGCUUCUUAUGGUUUCGUUUAUUAUGGUUGAAACCUCAGCACAAGAGAUUCUUAUGAGAAAAGCACGUGUUCUCAGAAAUCUCACUAAAAAUCCAGCCAUCAUAAGUAUGGGUGAGAUUAAAAGCAGAGGAAAGUCAACCUCCACAGUUAUCAAAGAGCUCCUCUGGGGGCCUGUUGAUCUCUGUAUUCAUGAGCCAGUAAUGAACCUCAUUACCUUACACCUGGCCCUGGUCUACUCUCUUUUUUAUCUUUUCUUUGAGUGUUUCCCAAUCAUCUAUUUCGAAAUUUAUCACUUCACGGAUGUAGAGCUAGGGCUGGCGUAUGUGAGUUUGAUGGUUGGGUUUGCUGUCGCAUUUGUAGCCUACAUGGUGUAUCUGCGCAAAACUAUGCUGGCUAAGUUCAAAGCACAUGAGAGCAUCACUCCUGAACGUCUGUUUGUUCGCGUCUGCCUAGUGGCUUCGUUCUUUAUGCCCGCCGGCAUCUUCAUCGUUGGCUGGGCUUCAACUUAUCACGCCCACUGGAUAGGAAGCAUGAUUGGCGCGGCUAUGUUCGGAGGUGCUACAUGGCUGAUGUUCCAAACGUAUGUUUCGUAUAUUGGUCAACUUUACCCUUUUCGCUUUGCAUCUGCUAUGGCGUCAAAUACCUUCAUGAGGUCCCUAAUUGGUGGUGCCUUCCCAUUAUUUGGUAGAUUCCUUUAUAUCAAUACUGGUUCAAAAGAGUUUCCGGUAGGAUGGGGAAGCUCUAUUUUGGCGUUUUGUGGUAUUGCGAUGAUGUUGUUACCGAUUUAUCUAUACAUCAAGGGUGAAGGGCUCCGAGAAAGAGCUCUUGCGAAAUACGGGAAUCGGGAUAUUUAG